AUGGAUGAAGUCGAAGAUAGUCGUUUCAAUUACAAUUUUCCACCUGAAAUUGAUGGUUAUAAAAUUGCUCAAGGUAAUAAAAUGGUAGCGAGAGGCGCAAUUUUAUUUUUUUUGGGAAUUUCAACCGGUGUUGCUCUAUCAAGGGUGAUCCCCAUCUUAACAUACACCGUUUGGAAACUUGACACUUAUAAUAUAACUUGCGAAGAAAUUUUUCCGUUCUUAUUAAGAACGCCGUUUCCUACAACAUCAACACUGGGCUGUGUGGGAGCGAUUAAUUAUAUUAACGUUAUUAUUAUCGCUUAUGCGUAUCAAAUGAUAUGUUGUGAUGUUAUGUACGUUGCCUGCUUAAUUUGCUUAAAAUCGCAUAUGAGCAUAUUAAAGAAAGGCUUUGAAACGAUCCGUAUAAGAUGUCUAAGAGAAUUGAACUUAAAAUUGGAUUCCAGGGAACAUUUAAAUGAUUCCGACAUCAAGGAACUUGUUGAUAUGAUGAAUUUCGAAAUGAAAAAGUGCACGUUACAUUUACAAUCGAUAAUCAAUGCGCAGGGCAUCNUGAGCAUAUUAAAGAAAGGCUUUGAAACGAUCCGUAUAAGAUGUCUAAGAGAAUUGAACUUAAAAUUGGAUUCCAGGGAACAUUUAAAUGAUUCCGACAUCAAGGAACUUGUUGAUAUGAUGAAUUUCGAAAUGAAAAAGUGCACGUUACAUUUACAAUCGAUAAUCAAAAACAUUCAAGUAAUAGAAGAAAUCUACAACAAAAUAAUUCUUAUGCAAGUUUUAACAGUCGUUUUUAUGAUGGUUUGUUGUCUUUAUAUGAUGUCAACGGUUAGCAUAUUUUCAACAACUUUUGCAGCUCAAAUUAUUUAUUUAGUUGCAUUAGCAACUCAAGUUACAUUGUAUUGUUGGUUUGGUAAUGAAAUUACUGUUGCUGGUUCAGAAAUACCAACGAGUAUUUAUCAAAGUGACUGGUUAUCCACAACAACUGGUUUUAAAAGAAGUAUGAUGAUUAAUAUGUUGCGUUUAAAUAGAGAUAUUCAUCUUACAGUUGGGAAAUUUACUCCUCUAACAAUUGCAACAUUAGUUAGUAUUUUUAGAGGAUCUUAUUCCUAUUUUGCUGUCUUGAAGAAUGUGGAGAAUUAAAAAUUAAAAAGACAUAGCUUAAAGAAUAUAUUUAGGUGAAACUAAUUUUUGGUGAACACAAUAAAUAGAUACAUACACUU